CUGAGUGAGGUAGCUAGCUCUCGCGCGGCGCGGCCAGUCUCGUUGCUGGUGGUAGCGAUUUCCUUAUUCUCGCAACGCCUCGGUGACGGGGAGGGUGCUGCGGCGCCGCGCGCUUGCAAGUCUGGGAAGGGGGAGGCUGGCCGAUCGAGAUGGGGAGGGGGCGCAGCGAGAUAAAGCGGAUCGAGAACCCCACGCAGCGGCAGUCCACCUUCUACAAGCGCAGGGACGGCCUGUUCAAGAAGGCCAGGGAGCUCUCCGUCCUCUGCGACGUCGACCUGCUCCUCCUCCUCUUCUCCGCGUCCGGCAAGCUCUACCACUACCUGUCGCCCACCGUCCCCUCCGUUAAGGAGCUUGUCGAGAGGUACGAGGCCGCGACGCACACCAAAGUUUGGACAGACACCCGGCAGGAGAGACGCGCGGAGCUGGAGCAGGUCGGCCAGAUGUGCGGGCUCCUGGAGAAGGAGCUGAGGUUCAUGACGGUGGACGACGGGGAGCAGUACACGGUGCCGUCGCUGGAGCUGCUGGAGCACAACCUGGAGGCGGCGAUGCACAAGGUGCGCCGCGAGAAGGACCGCAAGAUCGGAGGCGAGAUCAACUACCUCGAGAACAUUAUCAGGGGACGGCAAGAGGAGCGGUACGGAUUGUGCGAUGAGCUUGCUCAUUUUCAGACCCUGAAAGACGAGGAAGGAGGGUCGAGCUCACCAAGCAACGGCUUGGACCUCAAGCUGGGGUUCAACUAGGAACGAAUGGAAGCAAGGAACGGACGGAAGCUCGAGGAUGGAUGAAAGAUUAUGCGCUGUUUCUUAGUGCUGUUUAGAGUUUCAGAAUCAUGUCAAAUUAAAAGUUUCUGCAAUGUCUCUUGAGGCUACGUGAACAAUAUGUCUGUAGGCUGUGGCAAGAUUUGAACUCUCCUGUAGUUUUCUUAGAACAAAACAAUUCCCCGCUUGGCAUAAUGUAUUAGGCUGACAAUGGGAGAAAUUAUCUUUAGUUCUAAACUAUUUCUUUCAUUUAUCUUAUCUGCUACUGGGAAAACACUACAUGAUCGACGGGAAAACAAAUGAGAUGCCAAAAACACCACAAGAAACCUUGCAGAUCAAAAACAAAUCCUCGUUUCCGACCACCACAAGCAACACCGACUUAAAUCUCUGGAGCGAAGCAAAAGAGCGCGCACAGCGAGAGGAGCUCAGCAAGAACGUAGCAAUUGUUGCUAAUCACAUUUCAAAGAUCAUACACGUCGAAUGAUCUCAUCACUGCUCCCAGGAUUAAUCAACCAGAGGCAGGAAAAGGCGCAAAAUCGCAAUAAGAAAACAAAGUAGACUCGAACAAAAGUAAGAACAAGCCAACAAAACGCGACGCAGAGAAAUCGAGAAAACAGGAGGAGGAGAUUAGGGAUCAAGGACAUCAAGGAGUCCGCGAUUCCGCCGCAC